UCAUGUCCCAGGCUGACGCAGAUCCCCCUGCUGACAUCACCCCUGCUCCCCCCCAGCCCCCCCUCACAGACCCUGACCCCUGUCAGGAUGUCCCAGCAGCCUUUGCACCACCGUCAGCCGCUCUGCAGCCUCCUUUGAUCCCUGAGAGAGUCAACCUCCCGCAGUCCACCACCGAGGAGAGGACCACAGAGGACACCACCACCGAGACCAACGCUUCAGAGGGUCCGACUGACCAACUGGAGCCGGCCGCUGAGGGUCAGCUGAUCGUUUGUGACCAACCGGUGAGUCUGGAGCCGGACGCAGAGGCUGCAGUCGAGGAUGUGGAGGGGUCAGUUCAGGAGAAAGAAAAAGGUUGGGGAGGUUGGAGUUCUUGGGGAAAAUCUCUUCUGAGCAGCGCCACCUCCUCAGUGGCCAAGGCCGGAGAAGCUCUGCGUCUCCACAGGACCUCGGUAGGGGAGGAGGCGCGAGAAGAGGAGGAACAAGCAGAGGAGGAGGAGAAGAAAGAGGGAGGAGGAGACAGUGGAGAGACUGAGCUGUCCGGCUCUGACGAGGCUUCUGUUAACACCGCAGCUCCUGGCAGGGGCGUCUUCUCUACGAUCACGCACGCUGUGCAGAACACAGGGAAGUCAGUGAUCAGUGGAGGUCUCGAUGCUUUGGAGUUCAUCGGAAAGAAGACCAUGACUGUUCUUGCUGAGAGUGAUCCGGGUUUCAAGAAGACCAAGACCCUGAUGGAGAAGACGGCAUCACUGAGUCAGAUGUUAAAGGAAGCCAAAGAGAAAGAGCGGGCACGUCUGGGCAACCAGCCAAUCAGUGCGCCCACAGCUCACUACGGCAUUCUGUUUGACGACUACCAGGGCCUGUCGCACCUCGAGGCCCUGGAGAUCCUGUCCAAUGAGAGCGAGGCCAAGGUCCAAGCCUUCCUCUCCUCCCUGGUGGAAGAGGAGCAGGAGGAGGUGAAGAAGGAGCUGAUCUUCAUUAAGGACAUCUUCAUCAAGCGAGAGGAUGAAGAGAAAGAGGAAGAAGAAGGAGGAGAAGGAGGACAGACGAAGGAUAACGGUGAUCUAAAUUCCCAAUUACACUGUUCUACCCCCCUAUCGGCUGAUGGUGAGGAGUUUGUGAGCGUUCUCACUGAGCUGCUGUUCGAGCUUCAUGUUGCUGCAACGCCUGACAAACUCAACAAGGCACGGAUGAGGGCCCAUGAUUGGGUGAGCGAGGUGGAACAGCCUGUCACUACUGAGACUCCUGACAGGGAAACACAGGACCAGCCGGCAGGAGAGGUCUCACCUGGAGAGAAUGAAAAGGAGGAGAAAAAGAAAGAUGGAGAAGAGCAGCGGGAGAAGAGGAGCGAGGGGGAGGAGGUGAAGGAAGGAGAAGAGGAAAAGAAGGAGAAAGAGAACGACCCCAGAUCUGUAGAGGCUGUCUACCUGUCAUCAGUCGGCAGUCUGGCAGAAGUGACGGCUCGCAGUAUUGAGCAGCUCCACAAGGUGGCAGAGCUCAUCCUCCACGGCCAGGACCUGGAGAAACCAUCCAGGGACCAGGCACACAUCCUCACUAGGUUGACAUGUGCCAUGUGUAAGGAGGUGGAGUGUUUGGCCAAGAAGUUCUCUGAUACACUGCUGCUUGUCGGGGGUCGGAGGAAAGCAGAACAGUUGAAUCCGCUGGUCGACAGUGUGCUGUUAGAGGGCUCCAACAGCACCAACUACAUCGAGAAUGCACUGCAGCUGCUGCUGCCCGUCCUACAGAUCUCACACAUCCAGAGCCAGCACUGUCGGCCCGCCAUAGAACCAGCAGCAGCACAGACGCAGCACUAACACACACACACACACACACACACACACGCUACCUGCUCACCUGCUUGUCUUAAUGUAUCUAUUAUUGUACAGUGAAGUAAAGAGAAUAGAUUAUUCCAGAUUAAGUGCUUAAAUCUACACCCAGUGCCAAAGCAACAGGCAGAAGAUGUUAUAUAUAUAUA